AUGAACACAGGAGAGGAAAGAGUUUUCCAAGAAUUCCUGACACACCAGGGCACUGUGGUCAAGCCCUGCCACAGGCAGAGGCGGACUCACGGGUGUGCCAAGUGUCCCUACCACAUACGGACAGGGGAAGAAGCCAGAGUCCCGUACACAGAAUUCCACAGUGUCUUUGGCCUCCCCCACAGAUCCCCCAAUGCUCCCCAAAACAGGCACCUUGUCUUCUACGAGCUGAGGAGCUGCAUGGGCAGAGUGCUGCAGAAGGGCCACGCCACCAACUGCAGCGCCCAUGGCGAGCACCCCGAGGCCGUGCUCUUCGAGGCGGGCGCUUACCUGGACACGGCCACGGCCGCCAGCGCCAGCAUCAGCUGCAUCAUCCUCUACGCCAACUUCUCACCCUGCAACUGCUGUGCCAGGAAAAUGUUCCGCUUCCUGCUGAGACACCCCCAUGUCUCGCUUGGCAUCCACUUCUCCCAGCGCUGUCCCYGGUGGGACGGUCCUGCCAGGGCUCUGUGGGACCUCUGCAGCCUCUGGCCCCGGGUGACCCUGCAGAGGCUGCUGGGAGRGGCAUGGUCACACCUGCUCCRUCACUUUGUGUGUGGCAUCACGGGRUCACCCCCUUGUCACCCAGCUCUGCCAGCAGGUCCACAAAAMCCACAUCAAAUGGGAAUGCACACACAUUUUAGGAGAGCCUUUCCCCAGGGAAYGCUGGGGAACCCAGCUGGACAGCAGAGUUUAAAGGCCUUUUCCUCUCUCAGCCCAGCCUCCCCAAAGCCUUUCCUGGCCAUCAAAAGCAGUCUGCUCCCCCUGAUACCUCAGAGUCCCAGGGUGACUUUCCCUGGUGUGUUUCUGCCCUCUCACAGGGAACAGUUAUACCCCAGACUCAGAAAUAUCAUAAGGCAUUUAAAAAUGCCAAAGGAAUAA